AAUUUGAACUUAUUAAGGCCUAAUUAUCAUAGUAUUAACUAUUAAGCAGUGAAAGUUUGUUGUAAAUUCCACGCAAACAUUAUAUUCUUGAAUUAUUCUCCUCUGUAAUCUGACUUUAGAUAUAUAUAUAUAUAUACCCCUUUUAUCUACACAAUUUUGUAGUUCAAUUCAACGUUUAAAAGCUUCCACAACACCAUUUUGCCACACUUCCACCCAUAGGCAACCAUGUAUAAAGUUGCAAGUGCAUCCGAGUACCUAGUAAUUACUGGAGUAGGCAUCACCGAUAUUAAGAUUGCGAAAAAAGCAUGGGUUCUUCCCGGUCAGUCAUGUGCAAUCUUUGAUGUCUCCCCGGUUAACUACACCUUUGAAGUGCAAGCGAUGAGUGCCGAGAAGUUACCAUUCGUCCUCCCGGCAGUCUUCACUAUAGGGCCUCGUAUUGAUGAUGAAGGCAGCCUCCUAAAGUAUGCCAAGCUUAUCUCGCCUCAUGACAAGCUCUCAAACCAUGUUAAAGAACUUGUUCAGGGUAUCAUCGAGGGGGAGACUCGUGUCCUGGCGGCCUCAAUGACCAUGGAAGAGGUUUUUAGAGGGACUAAAGAGUUUAAACAGGAAGUGUUUGAGAAAGUACAACUUGAACUUAACCAGUUUGGGCUGUUAAUCUAUAAUGCCAAUGUCAAACAGCUUGUGGAUGUGCCUGGUCAUGAGUACUUCUCUUACUUGGGUCAAAAGACUCAGAUGGAAGCAGCAAACCAGGCAAGAGUCGAUGUUUCUGAAGCCAAAAUGAAGGGAGAGAUUGGUUCAAAGCUUCGAGAAGGGCAAACGCUUCAAAAUGCUGCAAAAAUUGAUGCAGAAACCAAGAUUAUAUCAACACAAAGGCAGGGAGAAGGAAAGAAAGAGGAAAUAAAGGUGAUGACUGAGGUCAAAGUUUAUGAGAAUCAAAAGGAGGCUGAGGUGGCAGAGGCAAAUGCAGAACUGGCUAAGAAGAAGGCCGGAUGGGCUAAGGAGUCACAGGUGGCCGAGGUGGAGGCUUCAAAAGCAGUGGCACUCAGGGACGCUGAGCUGCAGAGGGAGGUAGAGAGUAUGAACGCAUUGACACGGACAGAGAAGCUCAAGGCUGAGUUUUUGAGCAAAGCUAGUGUUGAGUACGAAACCAAGGUACAAGAAGCAAAUGGGGAGCUCUACAGGAAACAGAAAGCUGCAGAAGCAUAUCUAUAUGAAAAGGAGAAAGAAGCACAAGCACAAAAAGCAGCAGCCGAGGCAAGUUUUUACGGUCGCCAGCAAAUCGUAGAUGGAGAAUUGUAUGCAAAGAAGAAGGAAGCAGAAGGACUCGUAGCCGUAGCAGAAGCUCAAGGAAUUUAUAUACGCACCCUGCUUGAGGCGUUGGGAGGCAAUUAUGCAGCCCUGAGGGACUACCUAAUGAUCAGUGGUGGAACGUUUCAAGAGAUUGCCAAAAUCAAUGCUGAGGCUGUGCGUGGACUACAGCCCAAAAUCAGCAUUUGGACAAAUGGAGGCGGAGAGGCAGCCGAUGGUGCAGGAGGCGGUAACAACGCCAUGAAAGAAGUAAGUGGUGUUUACAAAAUGUUGCCGCCAUUGUUUAAGACUGUGAAUGAGCAAACUGGGAUGUUACCACCAGCUUGGAUGGGCACAUUGACGGACUCUGCUCACUCUACCAGGAAUUGAUAUGAUACCAGAAGAUCAGGAACUUACUUUUUCGAAGUGCUUUUAACUAAACAUAUUCUCUAUUGUGCUAUGUUUCCUGUGUUAUCUUGUUCUUUUCAUCUUCGUGUUUUUUGCUUGUAUUUUGGUAAUUUGAACAUUUUUCUUGAUUCAUAUGCAUGGUUGAAACUUGAAAGUAGAGAUUUGCUUGCAAGAUGUGUAUAUUGCACGCGAAAAUAAACGCAGUACCUUUUGUGGGUUUUUAUUUUAA